UUAGUUUCGUUAGAUUUACGUGUAGUCGACUGAAGAUAUAUAAAUUAUAGAGUUGCUCGAAUGGUUCACAUUGUAUAGUGAAACAAAGUCUCUUCUACUAUACAGCAGUCUACUCUUAUUGCUUUGGAAAAUAUAAACAAAAAGAGCGAUUGACGUCGCGUACUCUCGAAUUUAGAAAAUAUGGACACAUCGGAAUUCGUAGAAUUUGCCAAAGCGACUAUAGACUACGUUGCGGAUUAUACUAAUACUGUGAGAAGCAGAAACGUAUUACCGGAUGUGGAGCCGGGUUAUCUCAGUAAGUUACUUCCAAAAGAAGCACCACAAAAAUCCGAAAAAUGGCAGGAAGUGCUCAAAGAUGUGGAAAAAUAUAUUAUGCCAGGGGUGACACAUUGGACCUCGCCGUACUUUCACGCGUAUUUUCCAUCGGGUAAUUCUUUUCCGUCUCUCGUCGCUGAUAUUGUGAGCAGCGCGAUUGGAUGUAUCGUACCUAUCUAUCUAUCAGGGUCUGCCAGUGAAUCUUCAUUCAUAUGUUUACUAGCUGCGAAAGAACGCACAGUGCGUCGAGUGAAACAACUUCAUCCAGAACUGGAUGAGGAUCGCAUCAAAGCCAAACUAGUCGCAUAUACUUCCACUCAAUCUAAUUCUUCAGUGGAGAAGGCAGGAAUUCUAGGAUCAAUGCUAAUGAGGUUGCUACCAGUGGAUGAUAAGUGCUCUCUGCGCGGAGAAACUUUAAAGAAAGCAAUGCAGGAAGAUAUGGAGAAAGGCCUUAUACCGUGUUAUGUCGUCGCUACUUUAGGAACUACCAGCACCUGUGCCUUCGACAAUAUGGACGAGAUAGGACUAAUAUGCAAAGAAUAUGAUAUGUGGUUGCACAUUGAUGCAGCUUACGCGGGUGCAGCAUUUAUUUGUCCGGAAUUUCGAUAUUUGAUGAGCGGCAUUCAGUACGUGGAUUCUUUUAAUGUAAACGUGCACAAAUGGAUGCUUGUAAAUUUUGAUGCUUCGGUAAUGUGGGUAAAAGAUUCGAGACGCCUUGAAGAAACAUUCAGUGUUAACAGAAUAUAUCUUUCACACGAUAAAGAAGGAUUGUUACCGGAUUACAGACAUUGGCAGGUACCGUUGGGCCGACGUUUUCGUUCUUUAAAAUUGUGGUUUGUCAUGCGCAUUUAUGGAGUACAAGGUCUUCAGGAAUAUAUUAGAAAUAACAUAAAACUAGCGCAUUGUUUCGAAACAUAUAUCAGGUCGGAUGAUAGAUUUGAAAUAACCACUGAAGUCAUUUUGGGUCUUGUCUGCUUUCGUAUCAAGGGUGACAACAGUUUAACAAAGGAACUCUUAGAUCGUCUGCAGGCUAAGAAAAAAGUUUUUCUCGUCGCCGGCACGUAUCAUGAUAAACUUAUUGCUAGAUUUGUUAUUUGCAGCCGAUUAUGUCGGGAAGAAGACAUUGCUAUCUCAUGGAAUGAAAUACGCAGUAUAACGACAGAAAUUUUGCAAACAAAACCGAUUCUUAAUAAAGAAUCGAUUAAAAAUGGCAUAAAAUCGACGGACGAUAUUGCGACAAGAAUAGAAAGUUUAAACUUAGAGUCAAAGAAAAAUAUGCAGAAAAUAUCGUAACUGAUCUUUCCUCCGUAAAAUUUCGUGAUUGAUUAAUUAUAUUAUGUAUUAUUUU